GCACUGAAAAUGCGAAAAAUCGCACAUUUCUUUGUCGGAAUUUUCUUGUAAUGUCGGAUUUCUCGUCAAAGUGAAAAUAAAUUUUCGCUGUUAGUGUGAGGUCUUUGUCUUAAAAAUAAUUGAAAGGCGUUGAAAAUUAAGUCCGUCUUUUCCGAAGAAACAAAAAAUAUGCCUGCAGUUGUACGCAUUAAACGCAGAAUCGAUGAAGAGCCUCUAAGUGCCUUCAUAUUGAACAGCAAAAAGCGACGCCGUUUAGAUAAUGUGGUUGAGGAAGAGCUACAAGCGGAAGAAGGCGCAGCUGCUGCAGGCGAAGGAAAUGACAAAGAUGGCGAAAUUUCGACAAUACUUAAAUUUGCGGGCACGAUACAGGAGCAGGAUAACAGCGCGACCACACAAUUAGCGCGUCUUACAAAAGAGGCUGCCAAAGAGCUUGUACUGCAGAAAUCACUGCGAACACCAAGUAAUCACACCGAACGCGCACGACAGGAAAUGCGACAAGCUUUACAUGAGAGUCGCUUUCGUGUAGUUAAUUGCAUGCGCACAACACUUGAAGACACAGAUGCUACAGAAGCGGCUGCAAAGGAAGUGACAAUUGUCGAUAUUGAAAAGCAGGAAACAAGCGGACGUACAUCUACCACGGCGACAUCAGCAGCUGGACAAUUAGAUUUGCACCAGCAGAGAGAAGCCGUAAAUUCGGAAGCACAGCCAGAGUCGCAGGUAUUAGCCAGCAAUAAUACGCAACAAUCGACUGAUUCCGACACUGGUUAUGUGUACGACUUGUAUUUGCCAGAUAAUGAAUUACAAGUGGAGUAUGCCGAUAUGAUGGACGAUAACUAUCUAAGGUUGUACUAUCCGUUCAAUUACUACCACAACAAUACUUGCUACCACUACUACUAUUGGUAAUUGAGAAUUAACAUAAUGAGAAAAGUUCUAAAUUAAGUGCAAAUAAUCCAUUCGGCGAUUAUACCCAAUAUGCAGACAGCGAAGGACAUUGAAGGUAGAUGAUGCAGCAAUGUAGCAAAAUAAUUAUUAUAAGCAACAAAGUAGAUAAAUGCAGAAAGCGCCACAGGCAAGCAGUAUUGCCACUUGGAACGCCGGCAAAUCACCCACAAAUGCCAAUCGUAGCAAAACGAAGCGCAAAAAAGUGGAAUUAUACAUAAUAUUCAAAUACUAUCACAAUUAGUAAUGUUUGUAAUUUGAGCAUAACAUACGCGAAAAAGCUUGCCAAAAAAUAAAUUAAAAAUAUUUGCGAAACAACACAUGAACGUUCCCCGCAAAUUCUUUAGUUUACUUCUUGAGGUUUUGUAAACCAAUAUUUAAGUAUAGGCGCUUCGGGGAAUACCGCUGGUUUCCGUUGAUAUCAAAAUUGGCAAAUUUAAUUAUCAUUAUCCAAUCAACUAAAAUUCUGCUUGUAUAAACGUUUACUUGAUUUUCAUGCAACAUCAAUUCAUAUAUUGUUUUCUCUGUCACACACUAUAGCAGCGGAAUUGAUUUGCUAAGUACUUUAAUUUUAUAUUUUUUAUACGUAUUGCGUUUUUUUAUUAAUAAAUUAUGUUAGCUCAGGCAUAAGACAUAAGAAAACGUAAAGCGCACACCCGCAGCGUGCAGGCUGAAAUAAUAUCAACACAAAUUUUUGUUUUAAGUUCUUAUGCUAAGUAUUAUUUUUAUAUGCCUUAAAACCAAAUAAUUUUAAGCCUUGUUAAGUGUAUACAUAUGUAUGUACUCAUGUAUUUGUAGUUAAGUCGUUGUUUAUUUGUACGUUGUGGGUAACUGAAAAUAAAUACUUGGUUUUCAACAACCAAAGUCGCUUGGAAUAUGGAAGUAAGAAAUGCAAAAUUAAAAACGAAAAAAAGCUUAAAAGUCAUAAAUAAAAUAUUAAAUGAAUAAACUAAUUUAAAACGACUAAGUUUAAGUUGAUUUAUAUUCAAAUCUAUGCAAAACGCAAACUUAAAAUCUAAAUAUUAGCAUAAAAAGGCUAGGAACUUAAGCAUAAAAUCGAUUAAUUUUUGCAUAAAUUGCGUUUUUAGUUUUUAAGUAAAACUAUGAAAUAUACCUAAACAUAUAUUAUAUAUGAGAUGAACAAAAAACAAGUUUGUUUUAUUCAUUGUUACAAAUUUCGGCAAGGGAAUGUGUCGUGACUUUUUUGGUUGUGCCAAGUUUUUAUUUUCAUUUAUUGUAAAGAAAUUAUUUUGUUUAAACUUGCUGUACAAAAGCGUGUGUUGUCUUUAGCGACUAGUGUCACAUAAAGCAGGGCUCAGCGCACAAAUAUGCCGAGCAUGCAUAAAUAGGCCACAAAACACGCUCAUCAUUUCGGUAUGCGGAAUUUAAGGUGCCCUCUAUGCAUCAAUAUGGCUUUAGAAAAAAUCACAGAACUUAACGUCAUAAUCACUCAGGCUUUUAACGGAACUGUCCCUGUAAGACAAGAGUUCCAGGCGCGUUGGACUUGCCGAAAGUAUUCGACCCUGUUUGUCACUCUACGUUACUAGAGGACAUUGAAAUAUCUUCACUUAACGCUCAUAUAAUAAAACGUAGCAAACAAAUUAUUUGACUAGCCAACAAGCGUCAGUACUCGCUCAAAAUCGAAUCUCGAUGUCAAGAAGAAUUAAACAGAAGGGUCCAUGUGGGCCCAUUCCACAGAGAGAGAUUCACUGACCUCCCUACUCUGAUGAUUGCUCGAUAUUAACGCUUGGCAAUGGCAUUGGUGACUUGUGUUUGAAAGUAAACAACUCUCUCUCAGGCGAUUAGCUGGCCGGUUCUAAAUUAUGCUGCACCAUUUCGAUCACCAGGGGCUAGUUGGAAGCAGUUGGGUCUACGUAACCGGAACAACCUAAAUUUAUAUCUGUGCAAGGACUGUCACUUCAGCAACACUCGCCAAAAGCUCUAACCCAAUAAGCAGGAAUACGUUUAGUAUUUUUUCUAAAUUUUGAAUAAAUUGGCAUCUUAAACUACAGUUGAGGUCAGCUAAAAGAUUAUAUUUGGAUUAGAACCAAACUAUUUGGUGUUUGCAGAAAAAGGUGGUUCUCUCAAAUGGCUACAGAUAUGAAAAAAAAGCAUUUGAUCUUUAAAAAUUCAUUUAUUUCCCCGUUUCUUUUCAAC